AUGGAGCACGAAGCUUUGGAGAUAUGUCCGUAUGACCCAAACCACAGGAUACCAGCCAGCAGGAUACAAUACCACUUGGCAUCAUGUAAAAAGAAAAAUCCAAAGAUAGCUAAGAAGAUGGCUAACUGCAAGUAUAAUGCUUGUCACGUGGUCCCAAUCAAAAGUCUCAAGGAACAUGAAGCUAGCUGUAUCAACAGGACCGCUAUAGAUGAUGAGCCACUUAAUCUUUCAAAGGUUACCUGUCCAAGUUUGGAAGCAAAUGAAAAACUUUCUAAUGCUGGAAAUCACACCUCUGACUCUGAUGUCUGGAACGUAGAUCAUACGCGUAACUUUCCUCCAUUUGUUCUUAAGGCUUUUGCUCCAAAAAUGCUGGUUUGUGAAAGUGACUCAAGAGACCUACAAGAGGGAAUGGCUGACAAACAUCCUAACAAUAAUAAGACCUGGAGAAAUGGUAAAGUCAUCUUUUUUGUUUUGAACAGGGUCUGA